AUAUAAGAACCCUAGUCGGAUCACCACUGGAUAACUCCCUAUCGCUGACCAGCAUCUGCGGCCAUGGUUAGUAACCAUCCAACUGUUUGGCUCGUCUCGGGCGCGAAUCGCGGAAUCGGUUUAGGAAUCGUGACAGAAAUCGCAGCGAAACCGGACACCGUCGUCUUUGCCGGCGCGCGCAACCCGUCCGCUGCCAAGGAUCUGCACGCCCUGGCGGACAAAUAUCCCGGGAAGCUGCACGUCGUGAAGCUGGUCUCUGGAGAUCGGCAGGGUAACGACGCAGCGGUGGAGGAGAUCAAGCGGCUGGCGGGUAGGUUGGACGUAGUGGUUGCCAACGCUGGUGUCUUAUCGUCGGUCAAUAGGGUGUUGGACGAGUCUCCGGAAGCUGUCAGGGAGCACAUGGAGGUCAAUCUGAUCGGCACGUUAGUGCUUUUCCAGGCGACCUAUCCGCUUCUCGUCGCGAACACCAAGUCGCCCAAAUUCAUCCCCGUCUCCUCAUAUGGAGGCAGUAUAACGCUCGCCCCACCGCUUGGACUGAAACUCUUUGCGUACAGCGCCAGCAAGGCCGCCCUGAACUGGAUGGCGCGCAAGUUGCACUAUGAGCACGAGAGCGACGGUCUCGUCGUGUUCCCGCUGAACCCCGGUGCGGUGGAUACCGGCAUGACUGUCGCUGCAUGCGCCAAGGACGACGUGCUCGCGCAGGCCGAGUUCGUCCCACCGGAGGUGGUCGCAGGCCAGAUUGUUACUUUGAUAGACGGGGCCACACGCGAGAGUGCCGGGGGCCAGUUCAUGAAUCACGACGGAAACCGUCUGGAGUGGUAGAUCAUGGAGUAACCCAUGGUAUGACUUGGAGAUAGCUAGUGUUAACACUGUCACAGUACUAAUACACCCCACCCCCCUCAUAUAUAUUCACUCGCUGAU